CCGUCGCCGUCGCCGUCGCCGUCGUCACCGUCAUCGUCACCGUUCGUCAUCGUUAUUGCCGAAGCGAAUACCACCGAGGAGGACGGAUUUUGCCGGGUGACGCGCAAUGAAGAUGCGACCUUUCAACGUGACACGCAACGACGCGCCGUUUCCUCGGCCGAGCGGCAAUCAUGUUUAAAGCGGAAGCAAGAGAGAAAUUAUGAUACGGCAGAGUCUGUCGACCGAGUCGACGGAAGGGGCUGGACCGCUUUACGGAUGAAGCUGAAGAGGAACACCGUGGACGAGGAGGAGGCGGACGAAGAAGAAGAAGACGACGAAGAAGAAAAAGAAGAAGACAAGAGAGAAAACGCCGCUUGUCGAAUAUCGGAGGACAAGCAAAGGCGAGAGCAUCGGCGUCGAGAGCAACGCGAAAGAUAAUCGCCUUGCGAUCGCGCUGGUGGCCGACGACUUGAAUCCGCCGUCGCUCGGCGCGUCCGAUGCUGAACGAGAGACGGCUCGAGGACAACACACUGGCGGACGGGGAACGUAAUGGUAGCGCCGUGGUCACCGGCCCGGCGCUCUCAUCGUCGUCGCCGUCGUGUACGGUGCCCUACAUCAGCACCGACCAGGGCUACGUGUUCGAGGGUGGCGGCACGACGACGUUGCAGCAGCCCGGUGCAGCCGGUCGCGGGAACACCGACUGCACCGGUGGCGGAGGAGGUCUCGGGUUCGGCGUGUCGACAGCAGGAGCUAGAUCUGGGUUGGGUGGCGGAAUAGGAGGAUUCGGUGGAGUUGGUGCAGCUGGAAUAAUGGGUGGUGGAGGAGGAAGUGUUGGAGGAAGUAUGAACAAGGAAGUACGUUACGCUCCGUUUACGUCGUCCAUAGGACCGGUCGGUACCAUGGUACCUAACGUAAACCUGCCGUCUCUACCGCCACCGCCACCGCCGCCGCCGCCGCCGCCGCCACCGCCGCCGCCGCCCCUGCCGCUGCAGAUGCAGCAGCAACGUGCCUUCUCGAGGUCGAUGACGUCCCUGCCGCCGGAGCCGUUCAUGAUCAUGCGUUCGAAGGCGCUGAACCGGCGUGUCUCGAUCAACGUCGGCGGCGUGAAGCACGAGGUGCUCUGGCGCACCCUCGAGCGAUUGCCGCACACGCGUCUAGGCCGGCUACGGGACUGCAACACCCACGAGGCGAUCACCGAGCUAUGCGACGAUUAUUCCCUCAUCGACAACGAGUACUUCUUUGAUCGGCAUCCCAAGUCUUUCAGCUCGAUUCUCAAUUUCUAUCGAACCGGCAAGCUCCACCUCGUAGACGAGAUGUGCGUCUUGGCGUUCAGCGACGAUCUCGCCUACUGGGGCGUCGACGAGCUCUAUCUCGAGAGCUGUUGCCAGCACAAGUAUCAUCAACGUAAGGAGCACGUGCAUGAGGAGAUGCGCAAAGAGGCGGAGUCGCUCCGGCAGCGCGAGGAAGAGGAAUUCGGCGACGGAAAGUGUGCCCAAUAUCAGAAGUGGCUGUGGGAUCUUCUCGAGAAACCAACCACGUCCAUCGCGGCAAGGGUGAUAGCUGUGAUAUCAAUACUCUUUAUUGUGCUUUCGACGAUCGCAUUAACUCUCAACACCAUUCCUAGUAUGCAAGUGAAUGAUGAGAAGGGGACCGUUCAAGACAAUCCGCAGCUCGCCUAUGUGGAGGCCGUGUGCAUCUCGUGGUUCACUCUCGAGUACGUGCUUAGGUUCAGUGCUUCACCGAACAGAUGGAAAUUCUUCAAGGGCGGUCUUAACGUGAUCGAUCUGCUGGCAAUAAUGCCGUACUACGUAUCUCUGUUCCUGGUCGAGACCAACAAGAACGCUAACGACCAGUUCCAGGACGUGCGCAGGGUAGUGCAAAUUUUUCGUAUAAUGCGGAUCCUGAGGAUUCUGAAGCUGGCUCGCCACUCGACCGGGUUACAGAGCCUUGGCUUCACCCUACGUAACUCGUACAAAGAGCUGGGCCUGCUGAUGCUUUUCCUGGCAAUGGGCGUCCUUAUAUUCUCGAGCCUUGCCUACUUCGCCGAGAAGGAGGAGCCCGGGACCAAAUUCAUAAGCAUUCCAGAGACGUUCUGGUGGGCAGGCAUCACAAUGACCACCGUCGGAUACGGCGACAUCUACCCCACGACCCCGCUCGGCAAGGUGAUCGGCAGUGUGUGUUGUAUAUGUGGUGUCCUGGUAAUCGCGUUGCCCAUUCCCAUUAUCGUCAACAACUUCGCCGAAUUCUACAAAAACCAGAUGAGACGGGAGAAAGCCAUCAAAAGACGGGAGGCCCUUGAAAGGGCCAAGCGGGAGGGCAGCAUCGUGUCCUUCCAUCACAUCAACCUGAGAGACGCCUUCGCCAAGAGCAUGGACCUCAUCGACGUUAUCGUCGACACUGGUCAUAAUAUGUCCGGGGUGGAUGGUAACAGUACAGAGGGAGAGUCCGCGUGCGGCCGCGGACCCGCUCAGACCGGGCCCGGCUGUUACCGCAAUUACGAGCAUUACGGUCUACGUCAUCGGCGCAGCGCGUCCAACGCUUGCUUCCCGAACCUGCCCAACGACCUGCCCAAUACGCCCGACAGCCCGAAUCGUCGGCUGCUCGACUUCGCCCAGAGCGUAACAGGUGCCCAGAACGACGAUUACUAUCAAGACGAGGUACCGGCGCAGCACGCUAACCAGGCGAAUAUCACAUCUAGCGAUGAAGAGAAAAAAGACAGCAGAAAAAUCGAGAAAAUUGAUGAAUUACCUAGCGAAUUCGAGUGUUGCUUUUGUACUACGAAGGAGUACAAAGACUUCAUGGACGCGGAGAACCUAAUGCCCCUCGCUACCAGCGACUUUCGUAAUCCAGUGUGUCAGGAAAUGAGGUCCCUCAGGUUCAGUAUCGCUAGCGGAGGCGGCGGCGGCAGUGGUGGCGGCGGCGGAAGCGGAAGUGCCGGCGGCGGCACCGAAAGCGGCGGCGGGGAACAAUUAGGUUCGUCGCUCGCGGAAUCGAAGAUCUCGCCGGUCCAGCCGCCGGAGAUGAUGUUGAGCUUCGUGAGGAUGUACAACGAGCAGGGAAGCUACGCGAAGACGUACAACGAGCAGGGGAGCGUUGACAGUUCCGACACUUACGCGAGCUGUCAGACGCAUCCGUCACAUUCGCAGGGCGAUCUGACCGAAGAAGCGGACAGCAAUCUUUACGUGAAUCCUCUGGAGGUAACGGAAAAGUGCGGAACUGGUCGUGUGAAAAAAUCUAUUUCCGGCGAGGUCGGCCGGAACAUCAUCACCGACGUGUCGCCCAGUGUCGAAUCCCUGAAGGAAUUACGGUCUUCUAACGAGGCCAGCAAGGUCAACCUGAACGACAUAAUACCCAAGCACAGGAAAAUAAGGAUCCAACAGAGCGUAAAGCCACGGGCGCAAUUCGUCAGCGAUCAGGAAGGCGUGGUAGCGCGUGGUAUUCUGAAGGAGGAUGCCGCCACGGAGGACAAUAACAAUCAUUACGGAGGACUGCGCGGUGGCAAACCCUCUACGUUCGUGCCGACAAAUCUGGCGUCAGCCACCCGCAUCAUCAAUUAUCACUUGUUUGGAUCCCUCGGCGGGUCGAAGCACAACAUGGGAGCGAGCGCCGAGAGCAAGCUCUCGCUGUCGGCGGAUUCCAUAGAUAGCGUUGGCACACUGUUCAUGGAUCGUCACCGGGUGUCGAAAUCGAUCCUAAAAAAAUCCGACAGCGGCAAUAAUUACUACAGCAAUACCGGCGACUCGGAUACCGAGAAGCUGAUCACGGACAGCGUGUCCACGGCGAGCAUGUGCGACAACGAGACGGAUACGUGCGAUUCCUUGGCUAACACACGCUCGUCGAAAAAACGUCCAGCAUCGCCGUUACUCUCGCGACAGGUCCUCGAAUCGAUAUUCCGUACGAAUAACAACGCCGAGAGGAGGGAGUACACGAGUGGCGAGGGUGAGGGGAAAACUGCAGUCGCGAGGACGCCGAAGAUUCUAUUCGGUGACGUCGUGGAAGAGGAGAAACACGUUCGCAGCGAGGCGGUAGCGGAAAAACCGAAUAAAGAAUCGGACGAGCAGCCGCGGAAAGUGAAGACACGCGUGCAAGAAGAUUCGAAGGAGAGUUCAGCCACCACACUGAUAUUACGUCCCCAUAAAACGAGGAAGACGACGGAGGAAAAGAGAAGAGCCAACAAGUCGAGUGGACACGGAACUUACAAGAGCUCCGAUGCGAAUUGUCUUCCUCAGGAAUACCGUUUCUCGUAGCUGCUUCUCCCGCUUCUCACGCUAUUAGAGACUCUGCACAUAGUCUCAUCGUCGUCGUCAUCAUCAUCAUCAUCCGACGAUCGCAGUCAGUGUACUUGCUCCCGAGGCCGAGUAAUCAUUUUUAUUUGACAGGUAUGUUAUUCUUAACAUCGAUUGCACCCUGGUCAUUUUUAUCAAUUAACUAUGUAAUACGACAAUAGCCUUGCUAAAAUUAACGCUCGGCGUUUUGAUCCUGGAUCCUUCAUUAUGAAGAAAAAUAGUUAAUUAAUCAUGAUAAAGAUGCAAUCGAGUCUGAAAUUUUGCGAAAAGCAAAACGUAAAGAAUCGCGAAAUAAUUUACACUCAAGGAUUGUUAAUGUGUUUUACAUGAUAAAGAGUGACCCUGACGAAUUUAAAUUUUUAACUUGCGAGAUAAAUGGAUCCUAAUUCUGAUCUACGUAUUUUUUUUUAUUCUAACGUAGUUUCGGAUUGAGGAAAGGAUAGUUGGAUCGUUUUCAUAUCGAAUAAGGUCAUCUCUUUGAAGCGAUCUAAUUGACGCUUCAAAGCGAAUUUAAUCGGCUUACUUGAAUUCACAUUAAAUUCUAUAAAGGAAAAAGAAUUUAGAGCGCGCGACUGGACUGCAUCAUUAUUUUUUCAACAUCGUAAUGAAAAAUUCUUAUACGUUUAGGUGCGCACGAUUAAUUUGCGAUUUUUAACAUCAAUGUGUAUCUCGUAAGCCUAAAUCAAAAUCAUCAUCUAAAUCUUAUAAAGCAUAUUCAUGCGAUCAUUUUAGAAUAGUAAGUGUUUCGUAUCCAAAGAUGCAGUAGCGAUUGUGCGACUUAUCAGACGAGCGGAAACGGAAAUACAGAGCAAUCUAGUAGAUUUCGCAUCGUAGUCUUACCUGAACGAACAAGCGAGUUGUUGUUCGUCUUAACGUAGCUGGCUGUCGAGAUGGUGAUUCGAAAGAUUUCGAAAUCUCAUCUCGUGUUAUUAUAUAUGCGAGUGUAAUUGUCACUCUCACGCCGAAAAAAUUCUCGCACUUGUGAUCGAUCGUUUUACCCGAUCGAGAUGCAUCCCGCGCAAAGGUUCUUUCGCAACAAUCGCGAACGAUGAAUGCAAUUUACACUCUAGUCUAAUUUUAGAUGUUUAUCGGUGGAUACAUAUCUGCAACAAGACACUUGUAGUAUUAAUUGUUAUUAGUAGUCGUAGGAGUGUAAGAGAAGGGUGAUAUAUAUGAUACAAGCGUAUAUUAUUAUUGCCCGCGCGGCUCGUUGUUAUUGCGCCAAUGUUCUGUAUAAAAAAAAUCGCGCGCCUCGAGUAUUUUCUACUUACAUUCGUAAAAAUCGCUUCCGCUCAUAUUCCGGAUGAUGAUUGGUUUCAAAGUCAUUGCCUCCGCCUCUUCUUGUAGUUUUUAAAAAGCGAUUGUAAAGCGAACGAAUAGAUUGAGAAGAGUGCGAAGAGCAGAUGAAUGGGGAAAAAAUAUUGAGGGAAAUAAUUUUUCCAAAGCUCUUCAAGCAAUCAUAAAUUGUGUGGUACAUAACGACGUUCCAUUCCUCGAUACGCUUAUAUCCGUCAUGUUUAUAUAAUAUUUGCGAUAGGUUUUUUUAUGGAUUUUUUGAAGGGUAAUGGAUUACGUUAUUUUUCUAAGCCCUCGUGUAAUGUAAUAUAAAAAGAUUUCUGAUUAUUAUAAUAAUCAUAUUUUUUUAGAGACGAAUUAAAAAGAGGAGACAAAAUUGGGAUAAAUAUAUAUGUACAUACUUUUUCGUUUUUUUAUUUUUACGAUAAUUUUGUCGAAUUGUUUUAGUAUGACUUAUUUGCCAAACGUAAUAGCGUACAAUAUCUCCAUGUUUCCCGUACAAAUAUUUUUAAAACGAAUAGAAUACGGAAUGGAACACAAUGUAGGCUAUAUACGUAAUCUUAAUAAUGUUCAAUUUAGAGCUUUCAAUUUCCAUAAGGCUAGCUUUUAAUAAGCUACAGUGAUAUACGGAAUGAAUUACACACGUCUAACUUUUUAAUAUCUCGUAUAUAUUAUAAAAAAAUAUAUAUAAACUAUAUCAAAUUUCAAAACCUGUAUUAAGAGAAUUCGUGUAAUAUAUUUCUCGAGAAAAAGAAAAAACUUGUUCUCGAAAAAAUCGGAGAUGUUUGAUCACUAUUGAAGAGGAAGGAUAUAAGAAAAACCGAAACCUUUAAAAAGAGUAUGAUAAAUGAAUCAGUCUCUUGAAGCGAACGAUUGUGCCAAGCAAGUGAUUUCGCUCUUACCCUUCCACGAGCAUUCCGUACAUCGUUUGCGUACCUGUUAUUCAGAGUCGGAUACCUUAUGCCGCUUAUAGAGUUUUUAAAUAAAUGAAAUCGAUGUCUUCUGCCAGCUAACGUAGUCGAAUUUAAGAAGUUCCUAGAGACUGUGUAAAAGUGAGCUAGAAAAAAAAGAGGAUGGUUUAUUAUUUAUCAUUGUAAUUUUACAUUAGCGGCAGAAAACAGCACCGUUUAGAGCAGUGAAAAUAGUACAAAGGAUGACAUCUCGUAGAACGUGUGCGUUACGAGAAAAUACGACUGGACGAUGCUCUUUUAUGUAAUCGCUACGAAAAAUACGCACGAAAAUGUUGUUGUCUUCGUGUUUAAAUUAAGUUUAUGACACUGGCGAGUUGUCGACUUGCUUACUCGAGGAAUUUAAACUGACUGUUUAUUUAUGACAAACAGAUGAUUGUGAUUCUGGCCAGUUUGAAGAACCCCACCGAGUUUCUUCGGAUUUAUACAGAUUAUUUAUUUUUUACUUCGUUUUCUUUCUCUUCCAUUUUUCACGCUGUCUGUAACGCAGCUGCAAUGAAUUCACAAUAAUAUAAUAUCGUCGAUAUAUUUUAAGCGCUAGCCAUUCGAUCAAUCGCGUAAAUUUUUAUUUUUUCGGUCUUGCAAGGCCUAUUAAUUUUAAAGCUAAUAAAAAGUAUAAAAUAAUGAAUAAAGUUGUGACUUGCUAGUUUUUGUUCCUUA